CACCGUCAGUGGUCACGUGUUACACACUUCAACUUGCUGAAGUUGGAGAAAAGUUUGACAAGCCCGAAGAUCUGAGAGCGAAGGCGAGCAGCUAGACCAAACAGAGACUUCCUCGAUACACACGGUCCUUUAUCUGCACACACACGAUGGAAACCGUUGCCCAGAAAGUGAUGUCUUCGGGUUUCACUCUAGACCUGGGACCUCUGAAAGAGCCUUUGGCUUUUAUUCGUUUGCUACAAUGGGUGUUUGCCAUAUUUGCCUUUGCUACGACUGGAGGGUACAGCGGCUCAUCCAGCAUCAACGUCCAAUGCAAAGGGAGUGCCAGUCUAGAAAUACAGGCAGACUUUAACUACCCAUUCAGGUUGAUGCAGCAUCCGUAUAAUGUCCCUGUCUGCAAAGCCAACCAAACCACCACCACCACUCCGAACUUCCUGACAGGAGACCACACCUCCUCUGCACAGUUUUAUGUCUGCAUUGGAGUGUUGGCAUUUCUCUACACCACAGCCACACUCGUUCUCUACUUGGGCUUCCAGCAUGUGUAUAGAGCAUCUAGUCGUGGCCCCACUGUGGACCUGUUGGUGACUGCAGCCUUUGCCUUUUUGUGGUUGGCCUCAUCUUCUGCUUGGGCUAAAGGCUUGUCUGAUGUGAAGUUGGCCACCAGUCCUUCACACAUUGUGAGCGUUUCUGAUGUUUGCAGUGAUGUUGCAAACAAGUGUACCUCAGGCGCUACCCCUCACAUGGGCCGACUAAACGCCUCUGUGAUCUUUGGUUUUCUUAACCUAAUCCUGUGGUGUGGCAGCUGCUGGUUCAUUUUCAAGGAAACACCUUUCCACAAAUCAGCCAACCAGCCUGCUGAUGUGGAGGGGGGAGUCGGCCCGUCGUAACUGCACAGCUUACUCAUUUCAAAAUGGUCUAACAUGUAGUUGUAUUACUGAUACUAAUUGUUAAGAUUUCCAAACCUAACUGCUAUUAAUUUUAUAUUAAAGGCUUUCUUUUACAAAAAACAUUAAAAAACGUUAACUUGAGUUGUCCAAAGUUUAACAAAUACAGCAAAUUGUAAAAGUCAAAAACGUUAUUCUCAUUGAUUCUCAGAUUUCAUGUUUUAGUAUAUAUAUACUCAGGUAUCCACAUCAAAGGGCCCCUUAUCUUAAAUGGAGCUGUAGAUGUAAACUGUGCAGCCUUGUGAUAAUCAUAAUGUAGCAUCACUUUGCCAAACUUCAAUCCAUAAAUCAUUUCUGCCAUCAGCAUUUUUUACAAAAGAAACUCAGGGCUGUUGAGUGUUUGCAUUUCAAAAUAGCUAUAAAUAUUAAAUACUUGAAGUGAAAUAAUUAUUAGAACAAGUCUGGCCAAAAUCUAGUUUUAGUCCAUUCCUUAUAAUCCAGUUGCCUUUCAUGAGAUUAUUCAUAAUAGGUGAAAGCAAAUAGUUUGUGUUGUGUUGCAUGCACUUCAUCACCUCACUAUAUAAGGAUAAAGUCUGUAUUUUAGAAUAACAUGUUAGCUGUAGAGGAUUUAUCCGUUUCAACCUUCGCUCUGAAUUUAAAUUUAAAACUGCCUUUACUACAAAGAAUUUCCAAUCUUUUGCCUUGAUGUUUAUGAUGUUUCAUUUUUCUUAAUUACUCCAGCAAGAUCCUAACUUAUUUCGAAGCCAAUGUACUAUAAAGUGUACUGCCUUAACUGGUGGUUAGAAACAAUUGAAUAAUCUCUAACCUGUUACUAAUUAACAGUUUGUAUUGCUUUUGCUUUCUACCUCCACUUUGUUAUAAGAUGAGCUUUCGUUUUUAUUUCCUACUUUGAUAAAGCCUAGAUGAGACUGGAGAUUUGUUACUCCAGGAAAAUACUGUGUGGACAUGAAAUGCCGUGCAUCAUUAAAACAAGAACUGCCCUUG